UCUUUUCGAAAGUUUUCGGUCAUUUUCUCGAUCUUACACACUAGGUUCCCUGUCCACUUUCUCAAAGAAACUUUCUUCAGUUGGGCUACAACCUCACUGUGCUUUGGGUUUUAUGGUUUCAUCAUUCUAAGCUUGGUUAUUAUACUUUUCAAAGUGACUUUCAGCAUGCUUGGACAUCUGAUCUUCAAGAAGAUGUCUUCCAGUGUUCCUUCUGCUGAUUUGCUGAUACGGUCGCGGUGAAGUACCUCAUCAAACUGGAAAAAUAACUGUUUCAAGUUCUAGUUCUUCUGUCGGUCCUUUCUUCCCUGAAUAGAUUUUACUUUCAACUUUGUGUAAGACAUCGGACUUCUUUCAAGUAUGGAGAUUGAAACUUUUCCAACUUUUAAAAGCGUUCCCCUUAUGGCUGAACAGUUGGAGGGGUAUCUUCUAGAUCUCCAAGACUCCAAGAUCAGCCACUUCAUAAAGAGGAAUUCUUAUGGUCUAAAGCUUCUGGAUAUACUCACAAACCUAAGAAAAACGGAGUCCGAUGAUCUGGAUCUGGUUGUUCAGCUGGACGUCUUCGACGACAAGAAGGUGGCUGACGAAGAGCAGUUCUCCGGAUCUCGAAGAGUCGACCUCAACGACCACAUCGAUGUCUUCCACGCACUAUUCAAACAGGUGUGUGAUACGCCUCAAUCAACCCCCUUCCUGACGAUCCUCCAGCAUCUCCUUCGGAUUGACCCGAAGGACACCCUUAGCGAGGUCAUCUGGGAGGUCUCUGAGAAGCUCGUCCACAAGGCAGUUCUCCUGGAGAAGAAGGACUACGCCGACAAGCUCCUGAAACUCGGCGAGCGCGAGAUUGCACGCUCGGUCGCCUCGCUCCGAGGGCGGGCGGACAGCUUGGCCAGCACGCCGCGGGUCGAGAAUGGAAGAGACAUUCUAACGCCCAGAAGCGAGGUAGCGAGUACGGGUUCCGCACCUGGGAACGGCAGCGGUACGACCAGCAAGGGUCCUCCUCAAAAGAUGGGCGUGGCGGAUGCUGUUUGUGUAUCUGAAUCGGUGCAGGCGCAUACCGAAACGGACGGUGGACUGUUCUCCAAGCCUAGUUCGGCCAUCACGCCGCCAUCAUCGUUAUCUCUUCCUGCUCCCAUCGUACCACCUCCCCCUCCACCCUUCAUGGCUGGCUCCGGAGCUCCACCUCCGCCGCCACCACCUGGGAUGGGUGGGGCACCCCCACCCCCACCACCACCACCUCCUGGAUCAGGUGGUGGUGUCCCUCCACCACCUCCUCCACCGGGACCAGGGGGUCCACCACCCCCUCCUGGACCACCAGGGAUGCCUGGAGUACCCUCGAUGCCAUCGAUGCCUUCUUCAUCAGCAAUACCGAACGUCAAACCCAAAUCACGAAUGAGGACGCUAAACUGGGUUAAGCUGCCUCCCCGGAAAGUCAUGCAUGCCGACAACAGUAUUUGGAGCAAAGUCAAUAAGAUUGAAAACGGGUUCAACGCAGACUGGGAAGCGAUAGAGGAACUAUUUUGUCAACCAAACUUGAUGAAGCAGAAGAGAAAAGAAGGGAAGGAAAAAGAAAUUCAGAAGAAGCGCGAUUCCCAAGAGAUAAAUCUUCUGGACAGUCGGCGGAGUCUCAACAUCAAUAUCUUUCUCAGGCAGUUCCGCACGACCAAUGACGCCAUAAUCAGAUUGAUAGCUGAUGGGCGGAGCAACGAGAUCGGCGCGGAGAAACUCAAGAGUCUGCUCAAAAUUCUGCCAGAAAACGACGAGAUUGAAAUGCUGCGUUCUUUCGACGGUGACUCAGUCAAGCUUGGGCAGGCUGAGAAGUUCCUCAUUUCCCUGGUCGAAAUCCCUCAUUACAAGCUUCGAAUUGAGAGUAUGCUUCUACGAGAGGAAUUCACCGCCAACAUGGAUUAUCUGAUCCCUUCCAUAGAGUCAAUCAUUAGUGCUAGCGAAGAACUGUUAAAGAGCUCAACCCUGAAAGACAUACUUCACCUGGUGCUAUUAACCGGCAACUUCCUCAAUGCUGGAGGAUAUGCCGGCAAUGCAAUUGGAUUCAAAAUGUCUUCUCUGCUCAAGUUGGUUGAAACACGAGCCAAUAAGCCACGGAUGAAUCUUCUUCACUACGUUGCUCAGUUGGCUGAGCAAAAGAAUCCAGAGUUAAUGAACUUUCCUGAGGAACUCACUCACCUAGAGGAAGCUUCACGAUUCUCGGUAGACCAGCUUUUGGCAGAUGUGAAGAGUCUGAAGGAGAAGGUGGACAAUAUCAAUGAACAAGUCGAAGCAGUCACAGAUUCUUAUAAAGAACACAUGCAACUCUUUCUCAAGACUGCGAAGGGGGAACUGGAUGUGAUCGACUCAAUGAUGAAACGCGUGGAGGAACAUAAGAGUGAACUGGCCGAGUACUUCUGUGAAGAUGCGAGUACUUUUAAACUGGAAGAGUGCAUCUUGACCUUCAAAAUAUUCUGUGAGAAGUUCAAGAAAGCAAUAACGGAGAACGAAACGAGGGUGAUCCAGGAGAAACGAGCCAAGCAACGCCAAAAGCAACGUGAAGAACAGAAAGCAGCCACCUUGAAGCGCAAAGAAAGUAUCAAGAAAGCACCCGCAAGGUCUGUGAGUGCGCCAACCGGAAGAGAAUCAAACUCCAUUGUUGACCGCCUACUUGGAAACAUCCGCGAUGGCUUCACAGGAAAGUACCAGGGUAUGGAGACAGACGGGACAACCACGGAUAGUGACUACGGGAGCAGACCGACAUCUCCAGCACCGACUGCAGAUGGGAAGUCUUCAGUGGAGGAUGUUUCACCAGCUUCCUUUACGCGAGCAGCUGUCGCACGACGAUCGUUCCAGAAGACGCCAAACCUGAACGCGAUUUCAGAGAAUUCUUCCCAAACACGCGAUGAUAUCGAGACUGGUUCAAAGCGAUUAUCUCGGGUUUCUUCUGUUCAUGAAUCCAAGAGUGAUAACCAUCUAAUAGACUUGCUCAUGUCGGGUAACGACGAUGAGACAUUGCAGCAGAUAUCAUUCAAACGCGAAGGCAGUGUGAGACGCAGCGGUCGCAAGCGACGGACAUCGCAGUAUAAUUUAACUGGAAAUCGUGAGCGCUCUGAGUCACCUGCUGCUUUUGUUUCUGAACAAGACCCACUCACGAAACCACAAAAACAAGAACCAGAAAAUAACGAGGAAUCGAAACCAGAAUCCUCAGAGGAAUACACUGUACCAAAGAGUCCCCAAAAGCGUAGUUACCGCUCUAGAGCGUCUCUGGAUAGCCCCGAAACUUUGCUGGCAGUGAACAGCCUUUCAAGGCAAGAAAGGCUCAAAGACUUCAUAAACAAAGACAAUGUUACGAGUCCUACCGAACCUAGAGACCAAACUAUAUACCGUAAUGUAAAGUCGCAUAGUGAAGUGACCCGGCCGGUAUCGUUUGGAAGUGACGAUGGCAGCAUUAGUUCGGAAGUAGCCGAUGCUCUUUCGGAUCGACCUGAGAACAACACAAUACGUGAUCAUAUUCACCGUGAAAGAAUCGCAAUGUAUGCUAACCUCAAUAACACUAGUCUUAACUCAUCAGAUUCGGAUAAACGACUCUCCGGUGACUCAGGAACGUUUCAAACUAUCUCCGACGACUCGACUGACAGUAAACGCAACUCGCGAGCCGAUUCAGAAACAAACGAACCAUCGAACGAUAAUCAACUCAACCUUGGGACAAUGGCAAAUAGGAUUGAAGCAUUGACUCUAAAUCUAGACAGUUUAGAAAGGCAUAAAACCACCGCGUCGGAAAAUCUUGAAAAACACGUCAAAUCCAAAGAACCUGAUGUUUCCAGUAACGAGAGCAAAUCUGAAGAAAGCAGAUUAUCUAGCUGGAAUAGGAAUGUCCAAAGCAUGAACAUUGAAGCAGCUGUUAGCACCGUAGAAUCUUCGGUUUAUGAUCGCAGUCCGAGUAAAGAGGAUAUUUCCGGUUCUAAGAAAGAGCCAGUGCAGCCCGUUGAGCGACGAGAAAGUGCAUACCGCGCACGUCUCCGUGAAUGGAAGGCCAUGCGGAGCGAAAGUGUAAGCCAAGAACCAGAGGUUGACCACAAACAACUCACCGAAGAGCGCCAGAAUUCAAAAUCCUAUGAGGAUGUGAAGCCAAGUGAGCCCUUUAUGGACACACCCUUGACACCGCAUCUUGCUAUAGUUGCCAUGGAGACUGAGAGUGUCGAGGAGACAUAUCGAGAUAAGAUUAGCCGUGACCGAUCGUUACUGGAGAGUAUCCUGACAGGCCAGUCGACCCCUGAGACGGUUGCCAAAGAGCCAACACCCGUCCCUGAAGAUGAUACCCCGCCGGUGAUACAGAGGCCUGUAGGACUCAAAGCUCUGAAGCUGAAGAGGUUGUCUUCCGAAGUGACUAAUGGCUCUGACUCUGAUGAUGACCCUUGGACAGGUAUUGACCGCCGACAGCUAGAAAUUCGCCGCGACAUAUUUGACAUCAAGGUGGAGCAGCAUCGACGGAGCCAGUCUGACAACUCCACUCCAAACAGUCCCGUCAAGGAGUACAAAGAAUUUGUAGGGUCGCAGUCGGAUGUAUUCAAUGAAGAUGAUUUGGUUGUGGAGGACUUGGAAAACGUUCAAGAUAUCAACCAGAAUGUUACAAAGUCCCCCGAUGUAUCCACGGAUAAAGUUCCAGCUUCUGAGAAGGAUGAGGAUGUGAGUGAGACCAUUCCAAUCAAUGAUAGGGAUGUUAUUGUCUUGGAGAAUGACGAAUUGGUAGAAAGUGGAUCGGAGCCAACUGUUUCUGAGAUCACGAACCCUGAACAGGAAGUUCCUCAGUUUGAAUCGUCUGAAGUGAAGAAUGGUGUGCGGGACAAAGCCAGCAAGUCCGUAACCAAAGCCACUGCCACCUCAAACAAAAAGGUUACGAGCAGUAAAACAAGCCCAGUCGAGAAGAAAUCAAUGAGUAAUGGAAAUGGAAAAACCACAGGUGUAAAGAAAAAUGUGUCUAGCCCAUCCAAUAGGACACCAGUUGUUAAUUCCAGUGCGGGAAAAUCAUCACCAUUAACACGUAAUGGAUCAAUAAGAUCCUCAUCUUCAGCAAAAAACUUGUCACCAUCACCAAGAAUUACAAUGUCGUCAUCACGCGGUUCUACACCGAUUUCCCGUAGUGGUACUCCAACAAAGAGGAGCCCCAUGUCAGCAUCACCAAGGUUACCUGUCGGGUCAAAGGUCAAUGGUGUCGGUAAAGGAGGUGGUAGCAGAGCAAGUAGCUAUGAUUCCCUUCACUCGUUAGGAUCCGAACGUUGCGACUCUGCCGCAAGUGGCGCUUCCUCAGUGUCAAGCGUAAGUCAGACAAAGAAACCAGUCAAUAGCUCAAGGACUUCAUCAACAGUAUCUCGCAGUGCAUCCGUGAAAGCUCCUUUAUCAAGGUCAACUUCAAAUUCAUCAACGGGAUCAAAAGCAAAUGCAUCUCCACGUACUGUUCAAAGUGGUUCAACGAGGCGGAAUGUAACCACAAAACCUGCUGCAGCGGGAUCUUCACAACCGGGAAAGAAUUUUGUUCGCGGAGCACCUGAACGGACUACCAUUGCUGGUAGUGCGUUGAGGUCUACCAAGUCAAGUUUGAGUGCUGCAUCUUCAGUCAGGAGCUCACUUAGGGGAACCUCUGCUACCGAGAAAUCACCUUCAACUUCCACUAAGUCUUCAUCGUCAUCUGUAUCUUCCUCACCGCGAAGUGUAUCCAAGGACUCUACUACGACGAGUAGUAAUUUCACUCGAGCAGGCUCAGUCAGAAGACAGAAUGGGUCGAAUAAACCAGGUACAAAGAAACCAUACACCUCCGCCUAUGCGACAUUAUCUGUAAAGAAGAAUGCAUCAGACACGUCCGCUACGAAGAAGACAACUACUGCAAAGUCGAGUAGUUCAGUCCGCAAAAGUGAACCUACUGUGACAAAAGGAAAAGCCACUGGCUCAGGGAGUACCAAGUUAGAUACAUCACGAGUAGCAGGUCGCAAUACGAACAGCACUCCUGAGCCUGUAGAAGUGUCGGAAGUAAUAUUGGAGGGCCAGAAGUCUGUUCCAGAAAGUGCAGUAGAAUCUCUUCAAGCCCGAUUGGCUUCGAUGAACAUUGUUGAAAAGAAUGAAGCCGCAAAAGAAUUGAACGAAUCUUCAGGAGAACUGACUAAUAAAUCUGCAGACGAAGAGGUUCAUAUACAGAACGAUAACUCUUUUGCGUUUCCACGGAGCUCCUCAGACCCAGAUAUUAUCCGAAAUGCAGAAUCAACCCCAGAUGUCACUCUUCGAGAUAAGUCGUCCAGCUCCACUUUUCAGCGUAACGGUCCAAAACGGUAUUCUUUGCCACCAACUUCUGUCAACAUUACCCCAUCACCGACGGGUAAAAAGGGUAGUAAACCUGGUAAGCUCAGUCGGAUUAUGAACCGACUAAGCCUCAGUGGAUCUAAGAAGGGUGACAGGCUCGGUGCCAGCAUUCCAGAAAUUGCUGAUGAUGACGUCUUUGCUGCUUCUUCUUCUUCUUCAAAGCCUAGGAGUAAAAAGUUAACAACAAACAACCCAUCAAAAGACAGAUUUUCGCGGACCAAGUCCGCAAGUUUACGAGUUAGCUCGAAAACUUCCAAACCAGCCGCAUCGGUAGCAGCAACUAGCAAGGACUCGGACACCAGCAGAAGGCGGCUAUGGAGGUCAUCAUCCGUGAAAAGUAAAGACAAAGCUUCGCCUGCUAAAUCUUCAAGGAGAUGAAACUCCCUCGUAUCGUGUAAAGAGACUUAUCAACUGACGUAACAUUUUUGUAGUCAUGGAAGUAAUAAAAAUACUACAUCACUUGCCAGUAAUAAUAAAAUGAUUAAAAUGAUAUCGAAUAGCGAAACUUCUUUGUCAAAUUCGUGGAAAUUGCAAUGUCAAAUUGAAGAUUAUGUAAAUAAAAUUAGGCCUAUAUGGACAAUGCGUGUCUUUAAGUGAUAUUGAAAAUGUGAUAUGUCAAACAAAGAAAAACAACAGUUUCUCAGGGAAAAUCAUCAAUCGUUACGCGACAACUACCAGUUGCAGACUCAAUAUGAUUUAUUUUAUUUUAAUUCUGAUCUACAAUUUUACAGAUGGGUUUUGUCAAACUAACUUUCUUGAAUCUUCAUUUUCAGUCAGCAUUGGGUAUACCAAUGGAAACGACAGGGAAGUUUAUUUUUUUAUGUCACCGAAGCUUCUCACUUUCAAAACUGGAAAAUAUUGGCUCGAUUUUCAUGAAACCAACAGCAUUAUUUGCCCCAAGUGCAGACGAUUGCUGCUGUUCUACCCCUUUAAUCGUUUGCUGCACAUCAAAAUAUUUAAUUUUCCUUUGGAUUACAUAAACCUGCAAGGGCUUUGAGGCCCUACAUUUUGUAACUGCAUACAAUAAUGUUAAAGGAAGAAAUCCUAAAAUAUAUAUUUCAUAAACCCAUUACAUGCUUCACAGUAGAGGUAAAAACACAACUUUUCCCCAUACAGGUCCUAAAGAGUUUACAUAAUAUAGGUACCUAGGGACGCUUAUGACUGUAGCCAUCAUAAUUACAGCAAUUAAACGUCCAAUUAGCUUGAAACUCUAAGGUAAUUUCUGUGUGACCUUAAACUUUCCAAGUUAUGGUCACAGAAUUAGCUGCAAGAAAAAACAUAUUUUUAUAUUCUUAAUGAAGCAAAGCAAUCUCUUUGAGAACACAGCCGACUGUGCUGAUGACUAGUGAUAUCAAGGAGAUCUCCUUGGUGGUAUACCUCAUGGCAACGGAGCUUCGUACACUGCUGAAUCUUUCGUCUUUGACAGGCCGAAAGUGUCUGCGCGGUCGGGCCCUUCCAUGUUGUUCACAGACUGGUAAAGUCUGCAUUGCGAUUAAGACUACAAUGCUAGAGAUUUACUUUUUAAAGGAUUUUUUAAAGAUUUUUUUGAAAAUUAAUCGUUGGUGAAUGAGACCAAAUAUUCCUUCCAGUCGUAGACAUCUGGUGAAAUGAAGAAACACGCCUCGUUUCACGAAUGAACUGAAUGAUUCCCAUCAUGUAAAUGAAAUACUUCCAUAAAGAAAAUUAAUAUAAUAAAAUGUUAUUCAGUAUUGCCUGCCAAUCAAUCAUAUUAAAUCAACAUAGUUUUCAAUAUCUGUAUGUAUUUUCCCUGUAUUUUAUAUACUCUUGUAAAUUAAAAUGGAUUCAGAUAAACUAUUUUGAUUACCUAUAAUCAUCCCUUUUCAAAUUAAUUCGAAGAAAAAUAGAUAAUGUAAUGAAUGUUAGCCUACUUGAUAAUUUGCGAUGUAACAAAAGUGCCUUGUAUAUUUCUGUAGAUGCCUUUAUUGUUUAUGAUAUGAUAUUUAUGAAGCAACAAACAGACAAUAAAACGCAAUAAAUAUCAUUUAUAUUACUAUUUUACUGUUAUAGGUGAUCGCAUGGUAUAUACAGUGUAUAAUCAACACAACUAAUCCAACUAGACUAGUGACAUAGAAUUAGGCUGCGAAACACAUGCAGCAUUAUUGGACAUGCGUUCGACACAGUUGGCGCUAUAUCGGUAGUUCAGUAGUCAACCAAUCAUCUUUUGCGUAUUAUUGUUUACAUAUUCUUUUGAUUAUAUCAUGUACAGUUGGGCAAGUUAUUUUUGGUUGCGUUAUAAAGUAUUUUUUUCGGCUGAUGUAAAUAUUGCAAAAUAUGAAUAUUUCGUUCUCAGUUUUCUUCAGUUUUCAGUUGCACGUUAUUGUGUAGCCUCGAUGUUUGUUCUUUUUUAUUAAGUUAUACGAUCAUGAUAGAAGCAGUUGAUUGAUUUUUCGUGAUAAUGAUAAUUUUUUAUGAUUGUGAUUAUGAUUAUGAUAUUAUAAUCCAUAUAAUAUUCUAUAAUGCUUCCAUAAAUGGCGAUGACAGGGUCGUGGAUAUUUAAAUUGGAUCAGAUCGAUUCAUCGUUCUCAGAUUUUUUGAGGCCCUUAUUCCAUCAUCAUGAUCAUGUCAUUUUUUUUGUUCUUGAUUAAUUUCUCAAGAUUUUUGCCUAAAAUCUUACAAAAACAAACCAUUCAUUGUAUUCAUUAUGAUUUCAUAUUGUCAUUCGAAGCAUGGAAUAUUUUGAGAUGACGUAAAACAGUACUUAUGCUCUCUAUUACUGGAAGUUCUACUUGAAACUUUCGAAACUUCAGUUUGUUGAAAAGAUAAGUUUUCAUAAUAUGAAGAAAUAACGAUGUGGACCAGAAUAUGUGCAUGCGACCGUUAUUAAGUCCUUUGGGAUUACGAUUGAGCUUGAAAAUUAUUAUUCAAGCAUCAAUUUAUUUGAAAAAAUAUGACAUUAUAUCCUCUGAAUAUGUUUUUAAAAGGUAAACGAAUCGCUUUUUUUAAGUUUACGAUAAAAUUAUCAGGUCACCUAAUAUAUUUUACUGCCAUGGAUGGUAUUGACUUAGAUGAUGGCAUUUUCGCCUUCAACUCAACUUGUAUCUUUUGGUAUUUUAUAUUCAAUUAUCGAUUUCUUUGCGUUAUAUUUUCAUUGUACAUAAUAAAGAAAAGUCUUUUUUUGUAAAUGUAAGUAAAAGACAUUUAUCUAGUAUUUAUAUAUGUUAUAUUCACGAUUUAACCGCUUUUUAAUGACACGUUAAAAACAAUACUACCGA